AACCACGGAUGUCUCCUCCCGAGGAAAACAGAACAAUUAUGGAUAAUACAUUCGAUAAAUUCUUGAGAUAAAUACAACAGCUAAUUCCUGGCCAAUUUGGCGAGGGAACGUCUACAGUUUGUAUCUAGAUUCCACUCUAAUAAUAAAAUGGACGAAGCUAAAUUCUUGAAAAGGUAAAAUGUUCAAGGGUGUUCUGACGUUUUUAUGUCAAUGAGAAAGGUCAGGUCGGGUACCUUGGAUGUACACCCUACGGAGAAGGCUUUGGUAGUUAACUAUGAUGUGGAGGCUCUUAUACUGGGUGAGCUUGGAGAUCCUAUGCUUGGCGAUCGAAAGGAAUGUCAGAAGAUAAUUAGACUGAAGAGCUUAAAUGCAGAUACCAACGUUGCUCUAUUGGCUAAAGAAGUAAUGGAGAAAUGUAGCUUGAUUCACGAAUCUAAAUUACAUGAAGUCGAACAACUUAUUUAUUAUCUGCAAACUCGACGGUCCAAUGGAGAUGGUAUAGAAGGGGAUGACGCUAAUGUUCAACCACCUAGGCCAACCUCAUCUAAUUCUACUAGUACUGACAAUGGAGACACGGAGCGUGCAAUAAUCAGCAAUAUAGACAGUUACAUCGAGUUGAUGUACGAAGAGAUACCAGGAAAAAUUAAAGGAUCGUCAUUGAUUUUACAAUUAGCCAGGGUUCCAGAUAAUCUCUUGGAGCUUACUAAGAAUGAAUCCCUUUUAAGCGCUCUAGCUAGAGUACUGAGAGAAGACUGGAGACGAAGUAUUGAACUUUCCACAAAUAUUGUAUAUAUAUUCUUUUGCUUUUCCACGUAUAGUCAAUUUCAUAAUAUUGUUCUGGAAUACAGAAUUGGUUCUCUGUGUAUGGACAUAAUAGAUUUUGAACUGCGUCGCUAUGAUCAAUGGAGAGAAGAUAUGGAAAAGCGUAGACGUCAUUUUGAAAAUACCACAGGCUUUGUGCUAUUCCCUGUUGAAAUUGUUAAUAAUUCUGAAAAGAAAUUGAAAAUCUGCGAGGAUAUAUGGAACGCCGAUGGUCCAUUGGAUUUUGAAAUUAAGAGACGUUCUAUAGAAAUAUCUGUGAAUGUUUCGGAGAGUGACAUUAAAAAAAUGAAAGAUGAAAUUGAGAAGAGUCGCAAGAAAUUCAAAAGUCUAACCAAGAAACAAGAACAGCUACUAAGAGUUGCUUUCUAUUUGUUGCUGAACAUUGCUGAAAAUACGGAAGUGGAACGAAAAAUGCGCAAGAAAAAUGUUAUCGGGAUGCUUAUAAAGACAUUAGACAGAAUCAACAAUGAUUUAUUAAUAUUGGUUGUGACAUUUCUCAAGAAAUUAUCUAUCUUCCGCGAAAAUAAAGACAUCAUGGCUGAAAGUAACAUAAUUGAAAAACUUCCACGUCUCUUGCAUAACAAUAAUUCUGACUUGAUUCUCAGUACACUUAAACUCUUAUUCAAUUUGUCAUUCGAUACAAAAUUAAGAGGAAGAAUGAUCAGAGUUGGAUUAUUACCUAAACUGGUGAAAUUAUUGAGCCAAAGUGAAAUUAAAAAUAAGACAGUUAUCCUGGGUCUACUAUACCAUUUGAGUAUGGAUGAUAAAGUUAAAUCCAUGUUUGUUAAUACUGAUUGCGUACCAAUGGUGACAGAUAUGAUUUUGGAGUCUGAAGAAGAUACGAUAAAACCAGAAUUGAUAGCUCUGUGUAUAAACUUGGCAGCUAGUAGUAAAAAUGCUCCAUUUAUGGUCGAGAACAACAGACUUCAAGGACUUAUACGUAAAGCAUUUAGAACUCAAGAUCCUUUAAUUAUGAAAAUGAUCAGGAACAUAUCGCAACAUGACUCUGCUAAGGAAUUCUUCAUUGAAUUCGUUGGUGACUUUGCAAUGGCUCUGAAACAAUCAGACUCUCAAGAUUUUGUAUUGGAAAUUGUCGGGGUCCUGGGUAAUUUGGCUUUACCGGAUCUGGACUAUUCUCAAAUUUUACAAAGAUGCAAUCUCAUCCCCUGGAUAAGAAACAAUCUUGUACCUGGAAAAGCUCAGGAUGAUCUUGUUCUAGAAGUUGUAAUAUUCCUUGGCACUGCAGCCUGUGACGAAGACUGUGCCAGACUUAUGUGCAAAGCGGAUAUUUUGUUAUCUCUGAUAGAACUGUUGAAAGCAAAACAAGAGGACGACGAGAUGGUCUUGCAAAUAAUCUAUGUGUUUUAUCAAAUUGCUAAACACGACUCGACAAGAGAUUAUUUGAUUCGUGAGACCGGUAAUGAAGCACCUGGUUACCUGAUUGAUUUGAUGCAUGACAAAAAUCCAGCCAUCAGAAAAGUCUGCGAUGCCUGCUUAGAUGUCAUUGCUAUGUGCGACAAGGAUUGGGCAGCACGUAUAAAAGUUGAGAAAUUCCGAUCACACAAUCAACAGUGGUUAGAAAUGGUUGAAUCCAUAGCAAUGGAUCCCUCUAAUCAUUUACUUGCUGAUGAAGACGACACUCUUCCGCCAUUUAUGAGUGGAGAUUUACUUAAGCACACAAUGCUAUUUCCCACAGGAAACUCAGCAUCGUUCAAUCCCGACGACGGGGAAUCCGCGGUACAAAAAUCAUCAGAUUCAUCAGAAAAUCCAAGUCGUCCCGUCAGCCGAUACAGCCGAGAUUUGGACGAUAUCGGUGAAUUAAUGGCGCGCUCAAAAUCACGCAUGUCCAUUGGAUCUGGAAUCGAAGAUCUUUAUCACAAUACAAUAGUGAAAUUCGGCGAAUCGGAUAGCUCGCACGUACUUAUAUAAGAGAUAUAAAUAAUCUAAGGAUGCUUAAUUAAUAUUAACGCAUUAGCUGUCAUGAUAACCAUUGCACGUUAAUUUACCCCCUGAAAGAUAGCGAUAUUAGAAUGAAUAUACUCAUAACUAUCUUCUCGCGAUGACACCUAUCCAAAAUUCAAUAUGAAAGGGCGGUGCUCGAAUCUCCUAUGCUCUUUUAUUGCAUAUGAAAAUUGAUCAAUCGUUUCUCGUUAACGCAGUUAGUGCCUUUACGUUUUGUCGCACCUCUUAUUAGCGUUUUAAAUAAAUCUAUUUAGGUUACCACGCGUCCCUGUAGAAUGCUUUGUGAUAUUAAUAAUUUAUGCGCACGUCCUAAAUGUUCGUUAUCACGUUUACGAUGCUUUUCAUUUUUAGUCCUAUUAAAACACGUGAUAAGCUCAUUUACUCUAGUCAUUUUCUCUGAUGAUCUAUAAGCAAAAUAAUCGUUGCCCCCUUGAGUCUCUAUUUAUGCUACUCAUCUGUAACCUAGUUUAUUUUAUACUUGGCAGGAUAAUAAAUCACUUAAGAACGCCAGCUGGGAUUCACAAGUUAAUUUUAUUGAAAA